GCCAAAGUGAUUUCAUCAUAUCAACAUGAAACUGGAUUAUCGUCUCCUGAGUGCCGUGGCACUUUUGUGCAUCUGUCAUUUUGGAUUCUCCGACACACAGCAAAUCGUUGGAUCAGAUGAUGCGGCGAAUGUCGGACGCGACCUCGAUCUGUACUUCCUCGAUGAUGAAGACUCCAGAGAAUCAUUCAAUACUCACCACGUGAGCAAACGCGAGGCCGCGUCGAGCAGGAAGGCUCCGAAGAAGAAGAAGGAACCAAGUCCCGCCGAAUCCCUCAUGGGCUCCGGCGACAGCGAGGACUCGGACGACACAGAGGACUCGUCCAAGGUUUUCACUCCUCCGAGCGACGAUGAAGAUGGCGAGGAUUUCGAUGGAUCAGGAGAUAUUUUCUCCGUUAGGCCUAAAACCACCAAGAGACCUAGAGUGAGCACUCCGCCCCCGAUCCGGGGCGAGAACAGCGGACCGUCCGUCAGCACGCCGAGCACCACAUCCACCACGACGUCUACAGCGGCGCCAACUACGUCGACGACGACGUCCACCACGACGACGACGACCGAAGAACCCGUCACGAGCACAGCCGUCCCGCCGACGAUGCGAACUCCGUCGUCGAAGAGACCUCCGUUCAGUACGACCUCGAUGCCGGAAGACGAUGAGGAUUCGGAAGAUGACGGCGAUUACGAGGGAUCCGGAGCUGGAGAGUCAGCCAUUGUUAAAGGUCACGUAAAUACGCCCCGGAAGCCCGACGGUGUGAAUAAACACGCUCCGAAGAAACCCAACAGCGCUGACAAGAGUAUCCUCGCGCAGCCGGAUUACAGUGAUCUCGACGACGACGACGAUGAUGAAAUGGACGGAGAAGACGAUGAAGACCCUGACGACGACUUCGCUCUGCCAAGUCCGAAAACUCCGAGUGCAGACCCUCCCACGACGACGACGACCACCGCUCUUCCGACUACCACGAGCACCACAACAACAGAGAUGAGUACUCGUCCUCCAACCACUGAAGCUCCGAAAUCCACGACAAGUGCUUUCGUACCUGGUGGUAACGAUGACGGCGUCGGAGGUGAUGACGACGGAGACGAUGACGCAGAUGAUGGAGACGAUCCCGAUGACACGGACGAUAUCGACGAUUUGACCAAGAACGAGAACCGGAAUAAGCACAACAAGGACGAAAACAAUAACGGUGUCGACAGGACAAAAGUCGUCGUCGAUGUCAACAAGAACCGCAAUGAAGAACCAUCCAGACCUUCGGAUAACAGCGAAGAAAACGAUAUCGGCCACGACAAAGACGAGGACAACCUCAUUCCCGGGGGUACGAGUCGUGAAGUUCAUCUAUCGCGGCACAAGGCCACGCAGCGACCGUCUACCCUGUUGGGUCAACCGGGUAUCCUGGUUGCGAUAAUGGGUGGAGCCGUUGUCGGCCUAUUGCUCGCCAUCCUCUGUGUGAUGUUCGUAGUGUAUCGCAUGCGCAAGAAAGACGAGGGAUCCUUCCCACUCGGCAAGCGCACCCACGACGAUCACUUCAGUACUCACCGAAGGCACUACAUGAGGCCCUCAGCCAAUAAGGAGUUCUACGCCUGA